UGUAGCAUUCUCUCAAGUGAUAUGUGAUACCUCCUCUUCACCACCCUGCCCUCUUGUUCCUUCUCGUUCCUGAAUAAAAGUUUGAAGUCAAGUAUACAUUUUUUCUGCAUUUCCUUGCAAAACGACAAUGUCGUUUGAAGAUGAGGAGUCAUUCGAGCACACGCUUCUCGUAGUCCGCGAAGUCUCCGUGUACAAAAUCCCCCCACGCAGUACCUCCGGCGGCUACAAAUGCGGCGAGUGGUUACAGUCCGACAAGAUCUGGUCGGGUCGGCUCCGAGUCGUCUCUUGCAAGGACCGCUGCGAGAUCCGCUUAGAGGAUCCCAACUCUGCCGAGCUCUUUGCCGCGUGUUUCGUCCUCCCGGGCCAGCGUGAGACGUCUGUCGAGACCGUCCUCGACUCCUCCCGGUAUUUCGUGCUUAAGAUCGAGGACGGAACGGGGAAACACGCGUUCAUCGGGUUAGGUUUUAACGAGAGGAACGAAGCGUUUGAUUUCAAUGUGGCGUUAUCGGAUCACGAGAAAUACGUGAGACGAGAAAUCGAGAAAGAGACUGGCGAGACGAGUGAGAGCGAUAGUCAUAUCGAUAUUCAUCCCGCUGUUAAUCAUAGAUUGAAGGAAGGCGAGACUAUCCGGAUCAAUGUGAAGCCCAAACCAACUAGCGGAACUGGUAUGCUUUCAGCGGCUGGGUUAUCAGGAGGGACUUCUGAUCUGGGAAAGCCAAAGCCUAAAAUUGUGGGGCUUGCCCCGCCACCUGAGGGGGGGAAAAUUAGGUCUCCUCUCCCUCCACCUCCUAAUGAUCCUGCUGCUGCUCGGAUGAGCUCUGCUAGUCGUAACAUUGGUAUUAGAGCACCAAACGAAACCACAAGACAUUCUACGACGGAUGCUUUUUCAGAUCUUUCUCAGAUUGAGAGGAAUCUUCCUUCAUCUACCACAUCCGGAUCUAGCAAGACUACCGCAUCAGGGUGGGCAGCUUUCUGAUUGUGUGAGCAUUUCUUAUGUAUGAGAUCUUUGUUUGAUGUUUGUCCAAGGGAAAAAACAAAAAAUUGGUGAACAGAAAUUGAGGAAAAAAUAUGAAAGAAUACCAAAUACUUGCAUAUUUGAUGAUGUUAUAUUGAUAUGUCUUUUGUCCAUUCGGGAUUCAUUAUGUUUCAUUCAAUAUAAUAGAGAAAUUAAUUAUUUU